ACUCCAAUAUUUAUGGAGCCGAUCCCCGCAUUUAACCACACCGCGUCUGCGUCUCCUCCUGUGAUGCAUACAUGAAUAAAUGCGUUUGGAAACGGACGCGGUCAUCGGCGUUUUGGGGCUGACGAAAACAAGCGGUCCACCAUUGUUUGCGUAGAAAUAAGAAUGGCCUGGAUGUGGAAGAAGAAGUCUCUUAUCGCCACCAGUCUGAUCGUGGCGGUGUCGCUCUUCGUGGUCGUGGUGAACUACUCGGAGAAGCCGUACUUCCUCCUGCAGCCUGUUUUCGGUCAGACGUUCAGCAGCCACUGGAUGUUCUCCAAGCAGCCGUACAAGGCCUUUAAGCCUCACCUGGGCUACGUCAGCAUUCCCAAACAGGAGCCCCUGAAGCUGCACUGUGAGCUCUGCAGCAUUGUGUCCAGCUCCGGCCAGAUGUUGGGGCAGGCUGCCGGCCCGCAGAUCGAUCGCUCUCCCUGCAUCUGGCGGAUGAACAAUGCGCCAUCUCGGGGGUUUGAGCAUGACGUGGGCCAACGAACCACGUUGAGGGUCGUCUCCCACACCAGCGUCCCCCUGCUGCUGCAGAAGCCCCAGUACUUCUUCGGGCAGGGCAAUGACACCAUCUACGUGGUGUGGGGGCCGCUACGAAACAUGAGGAAGGACGGGAAGGGGAUCGUGUACAACAUGCUGCGACAGGCUGCAGAGAACUACCCUCACGCACGCAUCUACGUCACCACUGAAGACAGGAUGAACUACUGCGACAUGGUUUUCAAGAAGGAGACGGGGAAAGACAGGAUCCAGUCCGGCUCCUACCUCAGCACCGGCUGGUUCACCCUCAUCCUCGCCAUGGACAUGUGCAAAGAGAUCCAUAUCUACGGCAUGAUAAAUGACACCUACUGCAAGACGGAGGGUUACAGAAAGGUCCCUUACCACUACUACGAGGCCGGCAGCCGGGACGAGUGUGCGGAGUAUCUGCUCCACGAGAGUGCCCCCUACGGUGGGCAUCGCUUCAUCACGGAGAAAUCUGUGUUUGCCAAGUGGGCCAAGACUCACGCCAUCAAGUUCUUCAACCCGCCGUGGCAGCUGUCGUGACCCUGGCUGAACCAGCACGGAAAUACCACAUCAUCAUCACCGCCGCCGUCGUCAUCGUCAUCAUCAGUAUCAUUCAAAGACCAGCUGAAUCUCUUCACUGACAGACAGAGUGUCCCUUAAUGUGCACAAACAUCUAACUCUGCACAAAUACCACUGCAUAUCCAUAUCAACGCUGGUUGACGGUUGUUUGUCAAGUCCUGGUUGGUUCGAGGGGGCGCCUCCAAAAUCCAGGGACUUGUUUGUUUGACAAUGGCCGCUCAAUCAGACAAAAGUUUGACCAACCUGGACAGCUAGAGCAUAUCUCCUGCUUCUUGAAUAUGAAGUCUUUUUCUCCUGGAUUUGAGAGCUGAAGGUAGUGCACAGCGCUCUGCUCUGCACUGACUAAUCGAUCCAUCCGCUGCUCUGUGAGUUUAGCAAAAGGAUGGCUCAAAGACCAACUUGAAAAAAAAUAAAUAUAGAAAACAACAUAAAGAAGACAUGACCAUCCGUCAUCUCGCAGCGACCGCAGCGGCUCUGAUUUCCGCAGGCCUUGUACUGUACUGUACAUCGCAGA